AAUGCUCUCGUCCAUGGCCCCCUUGAUCUGCACUGCCAGAUCCAGGCAAGCCUCACUCACACACACAUUAGAUGUGGGGGUAGAAGAGGAUGGAGAUGUGUUGAGCGCGUACAGCACCACAAAGACCACAAAGAGUACUGUUGCUGCAAACAGGAGGACCAACAGUAGGGCAAUGCAUAUUCUUGGCAGAAUCGAUCUUUUCGGGCGAUAGAUGUCGAGGUGAGGUUCAGCCCCAUCCGUAUCGUCUGCCCUCGACGGCAUCACGCUGUAGCCAGUCUUCAUCCUUCCUGCGGCUUACGUUUUUCCUGGUUUCUGCAGAAUGGGGAAGCUAUUAUACUGAAGCUCUCUCGCUCAACUCGCUCCUGCUGCUCUAGCUCUAUCUUUCAAGCAUGUGCGCUC